UGUAAACAUAUUUUUAAUUUUAAUCAUAAUAAUGGAAAUUAAAACGGUGUCAAACAAUAUCAAACUUCUUCUUGAGAGAAGAAUUAAUCCCACUAUAAUUCAAAAAAACAAAAUUACUAAUAAAAAAUCCAAAAGAGGACGUGAUAUUUUAUGUUUUAAUGAUUUAGAAUAUACCAUCCAUAGAGUAAUAAAUGCCACAUCGUAUUACAGGUGUAGACAAAGGAGUUGCUUAGGACGGGGUAUUUUACAAUCAGGUAGGUUCACAGAGAUGCAGGAUCAUACCAUAGAACAGUGUAAAUCACAUAUUGGCAAUAUGUUUACUCCAUGUCAACCCUUAGUAACACAGAACAUGCAACCUGUUAAUGCCAUAUCAAGCAAUAUAUGUGCCCCAUCUCAACUCUCUGUAGCAAACUACUAUAACUAGCAAUAUGUUUACUCCAUGUCAACCCUUAGAAUUUGCUGAUAAAGCAUCAGCUUAUAUUAA